UAAUAUUUGACUUUGAUAAUGGAUGAAGAUUUAAAUGUCACAUAUAUAACUUUGGGUGGGUAUGUGAAUGUGCAGCAGUACAGAUAUGUUUAUUUUCUGAUCAUAUUCAUUGCAUAUAUUUUAAUAAUCUGUUGUAAUUCAACUAUCAUUUGUCUGAUCUGUAUUCACCGAAACCUGCAUGAACCUAUGUACAUUUUUAUUGCAGCUCUGUUAGUGAAUUCUGUUCUUUACAGCACUGUGGUCUACCCAAAGCUAUUGAUUGAUGUUUUAUCUGAAAAUCAGGUCAUAUCUUAUUCAGCCUGUCUGUUUCAGCUUUUUACAUUUUAUACCUUAGGAUGUUCAGAAAUCCUCCUGUUGUCAGCCAUGGCCUAUGACAGGUAUGUGUCUAUAUGUAAACCUCUGCAAUAUCCAACUAUCAUGAGAAAAACUACGGUAACACUUCUACUGCUUUUAGCUUGGCUGAUUCCUGCUUGUCACAUUAUAGUGUCAGUAAUAUUGAUUGAUAAUCAAAAGUUCUGUAAAUUUACUUUGCAAUCUCUUUUUUGCAAUAACUCAGUUUUCAAACUCCAUUGUGUAAAUUCACAAGCAUCAACAAUAUAUGGUUUAAUUGGUUUGUUAAAUGUUUUCCUUUUCCCAAUGAUAUUCAUACUUUUUACCUACACCAGAAUAUUCUUAAUAACCCAUCGACGUUGUAAAGAAGUCAGGAAAAAAGCUGCACAGACCUGUUUACCCCAUCUGCUGGUUUUAAUCAGCUUUUCUUUGUUAGGUACAUAUGAUGUUCUAAUAGUUCGACUGGAAGCUGAUAUUCCAAAAACGGCACGUUUAAUUUUGACUUUACAGCUUGUUCUGUAUCAUCCUCUCUUCAAUCCAGUCAUAUACGGACUAAAAAUUCAAGAAAUUUCUAAACACCUGAAGAAUUUGUUCUUUUCACCCACAGUGAAAUAA